AUGCCCACACUUAUGCGCAGUCAUUUGUUAAAAGCCUUUCCAAGGGUAAACUUGAGUUUUGUUUCGUUUUGUUGCAAAUAUUUUCGUUAGUUUUCUUUAUUGUUUCAAUAAAAAUGGAAAGUGCAGCUCAUACAACACGCGUAACUAAAUCAAAAAGAGCGGGAACUGUAAUUCCUGUCGCCCGUAUCGAAAGAAAGUUUCGCAAAGGGCAUUACGCAAAACGCAUUAGUACAACCAGUGCCGUAUAUACGGCCGCAGUUUUAGAGUAUCUUUGUGCUGAAAUUCUCGAAUCGGCUGGAGACAUUACCUCUGAAAGCAAAAGAGUUCGCAUCACUCCGCGGCACAUAAUGCUGGCCAUUGAAAAUGACGAAGAGUUGAAGGAGUUACUGAAGGACGUGCAAAUCCCGGAAGCGGGCGUAUUGUCGAAUAUUCAUCCGGUUCUAUUGAGAGCACAAUCCGAAAAUUCAGCUCAUCCGGCUGCAUUGAGCCAGGAGUUGUAGUUGUCAAAAAGUGUCGAAUUUUUGGUUUUCUUUUCUAUUUUCCAUCAUUGCUGAGCAGUGCAGUUUAAGUUUUUUGUUGAAUCGUUGAAUAUAUUGUUAAUGUAAUCAGCAAUCAAAAUUUACAAGUUUAAAAUAAAUUAUUUUUCUUGCAUCCUUUA